AAAGAUCAUUCCAUGGUCCCGAACGCUUAGCUCUCCGUAUAACUGAACAGAGCAGAACAAUCUCCGUAUAACUAGAUCGACCGCCUCCCAGUCCUCCACUGUCUACUUGCACUGACAAACACCUUGGUUUCUGCAGGAUCGAUUUCGUGCCGAGGGAGAAUGAAGGUUAACAAUCUGAUGGAGAAACUGGUGCUCUGGUUUCUAUGGAUUGCUCUCCUGCAAGGUUGCAUGGUGAAAUCUCUUCCUUACGAUUAUUCAGCAACCAUCCAGUGCUUGCCGGAGCCGCUGGAGCCUCAGUACGGUGGCGGCAUCCUCCGCAACGCCGACUUCAGCGCCGGCCUCCUGGGCUGGUCGGCGUUCGGGUACGGCAGCGUCUGCGAGAGCGUUUCGGCGGCGGGCAACGGGUUCGCCAUGGCGCUGAACCGGACGCUGCCGUACCAGAGCGUCAGCCAGAAGGUGUACCUGCAGAACGACACGCACUACACCCUGUCUGCGUGGUUUCAGGUGAGCGACGGAAGCGCCGACGUGCAGGCGAUCGUCAAGAUCGCCAAUGACUUCAUCCACGCCGGUGGCGUCGUCGCCAAGGCCGGCUGUUGGUCCAUGCUCAAGGGCGGGCUCACCGCCGCCUCUUCGGGGCCUGCUGAGCUCUACUUCGAGAGCAACGCAACGGUUGAUAUAUGGGUGGACAGCGUCUCCCUGAAGCCGUUCUCCAAGGACGAGUGGACGGCGCACCGCGCCGAGUCCACCGUCGCGGCGCGCAAGAAGAUGGUGCGGCUUCAAGCGACGGACUCCUCGGGGAACCCGCUCGAGGGCGCCGCGGUGUCCAUGGACACCGUCCGGAAUGGCUUCCCGCUGGGCGCGGCCAUGAGCCGGUACAUCCUGACCAACUCGGCGUACCAGACGUGGUUUGCGUCCCGGUUCGCGGUGACCACCUUCGAGAACGAGAUGAAGUGGUACAGCACGGAGCCGGUGCCGGGGCGGGAGGACUACUCGGUCCCGGACGCGAUGCUGGCGUUCGCCAAGUCCAACGGCAUCGCCGUCCGUGGGCACAACGUGUUCUGGGACCAGCCGAGCCAGCAGCCCGGGUGGGUGCAGUCGCUGCCGUACCCGCAGCUGCUGGCGGCGGCGUCGCGGCGGAUCCGGUCCGUGGUGUCGCGGUACGCCGGGCAGGUCAUCGGGUGGGACGUGGUGAACGAGAACCUGCACUUCAACUUCUACGAGGGCCGCUUCGGGUGGGACGCGUCCACCGCGUUCUACGCCGCCGCGCGGCUGCUGGACGCCGGCUCGGCGCUCAUGUUCAUGAACGAGUUCAACACGCUGGAGCAGCCCGGCGACAUGGCCGCGCUGCCGGGCAGGUACCUGCAGCGGCUGCGCCAGAUCAUCGCCAGCUACCCUGAGAAUGGCGCCGGCAUGGCCAUCGGCCUCGAGGGCCACUUCACCACCCCCAACAUCCCCUACAUGCGCGCUGCGCUCGACACCCUCGCCCAGGCUGGCAUCCCCGUCUGGCUCACCGAGGUCGACGUCGCCGCCGGCCCGUCUCAGGCGGAGCACCUGGAGGAGGUGCUGAGGGAGGCGUACGCGCACCCGGCGGUGCAGGGGAUCGUGCUGUGGUCGGCGUGGCAGCCGGAGGGGUGCUACGUGAUGUGCCUCACCGACAACGAGUUCAACAACCUGCCGCAGGGAGACGUGGUGGACCGGCUCAUCGCCGAGUGGCGGGCGACCCCGCGGGCCGGAGCCACGGACGCACAGGGCUACUUCGAGGCUGAGCUUGUGCACGGCGAGUACAAAGUCACUGUCAGCCACCCGUCGCUCAACAGCUCCGUCUCCCGGAGCAUCAAGGUCGAGCUGGGUUCGGGCAGUGAUCACUACUUCAUUGACGUCCAGGUCUAGACCAGCUGAUUCUUCAAGUGCUAGGUGCAAUGCAAUAUUUCAGUCAGGGCUUCGGAGAUCACGUUAUUGUACUGUAUGCCAGAUAAAUUACCUGCUAUUGUAUUGUGUCAGAAUUGUGUAAGCUUAGAAGCUUAGCCGUUCAUGUAUCAAUUUUCACCUUGAAAAAUUACAGUGAAAGGCAAGUACGCAAAUAUAAA